AUGUCAGACUGUGCAUUAGUGGCCAAUGUAAACGAACACGAUGCGAGUAUGGACGUGGGGAACGAUAAGUCUCUCUUCGAGCCUACUGUGGAUAUGAUGGUAAAUGAUUUUGAUGACGAAAGAACGUUAGACGAAGAAGAAGCUUUGGCGGCUGGCGAGCAACAAGAUCCGAAGGCUGAGUUAAACAGUCUACAAAGGGAGGGGGAUAUGCCCUUAGAAGAAUUGCUGGCUCUUUACGGAUACGAUAGAAAUAUGGAUAAGCCAGUAGUAGAACCCACACCCGAAGUAGUGCCUGAGGAAACUGAAAAACCAGAGUCGGCACUUCAGCAGCUUUAUAGUGAAACCACUAGUCCAGAAGCAACGAGAUGCCUUCGAUCAGGUUCAAGACCUCCAUCCGAGGAGGAAGAUGAUUAUGAUUAUAGUCCUGACGAAGAUGACUGGAAAAAGACUAUAAUGGUCGGAAGUGAUUACCAAGCAGGUAUACCCGAAGGCCUUUGCAGUUAUGAUGAUGCGCUUCCAUAUGAAAAUGAAGAUAAAUUACUGUGGAAUCCAAGUGUUUUGGAUGAAAAAGUGACAGAAGAUUAUAUGAAGAAAGUUUGUGUCAUGAACUCUGGCACAGGAGUUGAAGCGGUACCUCGUGGUAAACAGCUACGUGAUGAUGAAGAAGCACUGUUUCUGUUGCAACAAUGUGGACACAAUGUGGAAGAGGCGUUGCGAAGAAGAAGAAUUUCUGCCCAAACUCCAGCACAUGCUAGCUUAUGGUCAGAAGAGGAAUGUCGUAACUUUGAGAAUGGCCUAAAAGCUCAUGGAAAAGAUUUUCAUUUAAUACGACAACAUAAAGUACGGACAAGGUCUGUUGGUGAGUUGGUUCAGUUUUAUUAUAUCUGGAAAAAAACCGAGAGACAUGAUAUUUUUGCAAAUAAAGCACGUCUGGAGAAAAAAAAGUAUACAUUACACCCAGGUCACACUGAUUAUAUGGAUAGGUUCUUGGAGGAACAAGAAGCUUCUAUUGGUGGUGUGGUGAGACCUGCUUCUCCAUCUACCAUGAUGGUUUAUGCCCCUUCUCCAGCUGCACAACCUGAUCCAUUGGCAUUGGGAGAAAAAGAAGUUUUUUCUCAAAUGAAUACACACACAACUUCCUCAAGAGCACUUUCUACUGAGGAUCAGGAACCAGAAGCAGGUUCCUAA